GAGAAGAGGAAACAAACCGCCAGACAUCUGGAGAGCACCCGCAUGGUAUCCCAGCAACUGGAAGCCCCCCAAUGCCGCUAGACGGGUGCUGUGUUCACCACAGGGGUAUUGGCGAGCAGUCCCAACAGGUCACUGACCGACUCAUUCAAUACGAUCGUCUGCUGCGCCGCUGUCAGGAAAUGGCUACGUCAUCGGGAAAAGAGGACAGCGUGUGGACAAAACUCCCAGAAUUCCGCUGCCUUCUUCAGAGUCUUGAUCACUUGCCGGACCCCCCUCCUCCCAUCAUGGACCCACCAGACCCUCCUCCCAUCAUGGACUCACCCGACCCCCUUCCUCCUCCCAUCAUGGACCCACCCAGCUCUGACAUCCAUCCACCAACCAUCGACCUAUCAAAGGCUAUAGCGGAUGUCACCAAGUGCUUCAUGCCUGUUCAAGGCAAGCCCUGCUCUCCCAAGCUCCUUCCCCAUGAGUGUGUGGUGGACCAGCGGUCCGUGUCUCUCACAUGGACAUACGACCCUAGUGAUCACAUAGGAUACUUCACAGUGUACUACGAGACUGCAAUAUUCACCAAUGGCCUGUGUAGUAAUAUGACAAGUGUGACAGUGACAGACUUUGGCCCAAGUUUUGGUCAUGUCACGCUCCAUGACCUUGACCCUGAGACAAGGUAUAAGAUAUCGGUGACGGCCAGCAAUGAGUUCGGAGAAAGUUCUCCUACAGAGCAUCUGUAUUGUCGAACCUCUGCCACCAAAACUGAACUCUGUUUGUUAUAGUGUAUAUCCAUUGGCCUUUUACUUUUUAUUGGUUGGUUUACAAUUUGUUUUGUUUACCAACUUCAAUGUCGGUG